AUGGCUACAAGCGUGGUCCUGGCCUACAUGAUUUUCACCACCGUAGUCGCUGCGAUGCUGUUGGCGUUGCGUGGUGGCCGCCGCCUCCGCUUGAUCAGUGCGGCAGCGUCCAGUGCGGAGCCCAACGUGGACAUCUUCCUACGCCUCACGGAGCACCACAAGCGAGCCUGCGACUUCCUCUCCAAGGCCAUCACAUACGACGAGGAGAAUGGCGAUCUCAGGGAACUGGCCAUGUUCCUCUACCGCAAGGCUAGUGAGCAACUCCAGAAGGGAAUUGCUCUUGACCAAUCCCAAGGACAAGAAACCAUGGUAAACAUCGAGCACCUCGGGGAUGAGCUGCCGUGGCAUGCGGGCGUGGCCCGGCGCCAGCCUAAGCCGAAACGGCGACAGUGGCAGAAAGUGGCCCCCCGGAAAGACGCAGCCUCGAGUCGUGACGGCCCCUCGUGGCUAAAGAGGGCUCUCCAGGCCAGCCAGUUUCGGGAAGGGCGCCGCCCCCCCCCUCCCCCCCCUCUGGGUACGUGCCUGCCCGGCGGAGGCUCCUUCCGUGGCGAAGAAGGGAGGCGAGUGUCAGCGCUGAAGGGUAUCGACUCUCGGCUGGCGCACAUCAUCCUGCACGAGAUCGUGGUUGGCGGCCUCGAGGUGCUGUUCAGCGACAUUGCUUGCCAGGAAGUCGCCAAGCAGGCACUCGGCGAGAGGGUCAUACUGCCUACAGAUCGGCCAAAGUCCAGGGUCCUGCGACUGGUGCACACAGUUCAUCCUGGCUUGGAAAAGACCAAGAUGAUCGCCUGGUUCGGCGUCUGGUGGCCUGGCCUGGACAUCGCUCGCAUGGUGCAGAGCUGCCAAAUCUGCCAGGAGCAUUAG